UCGGCUCUCCGCCAUGUCCCUAAGCCGCCUCGGCUGCCGUUUUCGCGGCCCAUGCCGGGGCGGCCGGGGCCCACGGCUGCGCUGGAGCCAUGUGAGAGCCAUAACCUACACACCCACCAUGGUGUCCAUGGAGGCAUUGCGUGCAAGGCAACCAAAGGAGCUGCUGCAAACGGAUGUCUUCAGGACGGUGCCUCCGGAGGAUCUGACACCCACGGACCUGGCGGACCUGGCGUCGGCCGAGGUGGCGACCAACCCGGCCAAGGUGCUGGAGAUUUACCGGCGGCAUGUGAUGAGCGGCGGCAUGGAUGCCACAGUCUUCAUCCGAGCCUUUGCGCAGUUGGGCUUUCUCUUCGAUCCCAACUGUUUCUUCAGUGCCGCGGAUCGGCAGAUCCUCACGCGGCACAAGCACUUCCGAUGUCUGGCGCAUGACCUUUGGAAGGUGCGAGAGGAUCUACCUGAUGCUGUGGUGCCACUGCUGCUGUACUCCAUGAAUUGCUUGGACUACCGCUGCGCGCCACUACUGCCUCAACUGCUGGAAGUGACAAGACGUCAUUUGGCGACUUGGCGGGUAGAAGCCUUAAGUUUGUUACUUCAUUCCAUCGCUUCCCUGGGCAUCGGCGGCACUUCACCGCUGAUCUUCGACGACGCCGCGGGGCAUCGCAGCGGGGACUUCGCGGGGCUCACGGCGAAGCUGGCGCAGGAGUUGGCCCUUCGUCCCUUCGAAGAGGACUCGGUUCAGGACUGGGCGCGGGCGGCCUUUGGGAUGGUCAUGGCGGAGGACUACGACGUGGAAGGGCCCGAGGGACACGUCCUGCCCUUGCUGGUGGCACGUGCCUGUGAGCUCUUACCGACAAAGACGGAGUUGGAAAACUCUGGCUGGGCGCAGUUCUUCCUCUAUCAGACGCUCUACUGCGUGGACGUGGAGAAACCCGCCUGCGAAGAAGCAGUGAAACGGGCCAUGCCUAUGUGGAUCCAGGAAGUGCUGCACCACCGCUGGUUGGAUCAUAUCGUCCUUUUGGCGCAGCCACAGGGGGCCGAUGAAAUGCAACGCGACGUCGAUCGAUGCUUACAACGCACCAACACCCAGGCGCUGUUGAACUGCUCUUUUGGCCGCGAGUGGGAUGAGCAGCACUGCUGGUUUGCGGGUUUUCUUAUGGAGCCGAAGGUGGCCCUGGAGUGCGACUCCAUGCUACCGCUGGGCAUGGGUCGUCCACGACCCAGCGGAUGGUUGGCCUUGAAGUCGCGCGUGGCACGGAAGGUCGGAUUUCGGGUUGUCACUUUGCAUGACUGCUUCUGGCGGCACCUCACAGAGGACCAAAAGGAUGAGCAGAUGCUGCGCAUGCGAGCGCAGAUGGGCUAUCAGCAUGAUCCCGGCCUCGAGAAGAUCCAGAAGAAGAUCCGGCAAACGCCGCACACCUACAAGGGCUUGGAAACCAAGCGCAAAGAAUGGACGCCGCAGCCUGGCCCCCCCAGUGAUGACACCGCUUUCACCUGACGAAAAAAUGC